ACAGCAGCAGGAACUGCAGCUGGAACAGCAACAUCAAGAAGACCAAGGAAUCGACGGUUUUUCGGACUCUCCCGGCCGAAACAAAAGACGACUCGCCAAAGGCUGGAGGCGUCUUCUGUUUGACAGCAACCAAGGUUUCCUUUUCGCUUCCUUUUGCUCGUUGCGAAAAAACAAUAACGACAACAACGCGACAACAAACGCAACCACYAUGACGGACGAACUGUCCAAAAUCGAAACGAGUCAUCGCCGUUUGCCGAAUGACAGCAUUGAAAACGACGACGACGAAUAUGGAGGAAUCGAUGCMUUUGACGACGAGCACGGGUCGACCCUGCGGACCGCGGCAACGACUUCGAGAAAAGGCUUCUGUGGAGUUUGCGCCGACCUGCUGUCCGACCUUUGGAAUUCCUCGGGCCUCGUGCUCAACCACAAGCUGAACCUUCUGCUAUUCGCGGGGCCGUUGGCUCUGCUAGGGGACGCGAUGGGGAUGUUGGGGGAAACCGCGUGUUUUGCCCUGUCGGGGAUCGCCCUGAUCCCCUGUGCGGAACGGUGCGUGCACGGAAUAUUUGAGAGCACUCGGGUUUGGAGGUCCCAAUAUUGUGGGUGUGGAAUUUUUCUCAUACAUCAUCGUUUUUGCCUUUCUCUCUAUGAACUAUAAUGUGAUGGGAUAUAAUAUMAUAUCAUAUCAUGCAAUGCAAUGCUCRCCUGCUACUGUUACAUUCUGGGUGCACCACGAACCAACUACUACAACUUGUUUCACGCAACAAUACUCAYUUGUGACAAUGGCCACGACUGCGGGAAAAUAAUACGGCAAAACUGUUGAUAAUCCAAUGGUAAUUUCUGGUCCACCAUUUCCGCYCAGCCUCUCGUUCGUGACRGAACAGGUSGCAAUGCACACCAACGGGACCAUUGGGGCCCUUCUCAACGCAACAUUUGGAAACGCACCCGAAUUGCUCAUUGCCUCGGCAGCCCUGCGAAAGGGAUUCUACCGGGUGGUCCAACUGGCCAUGCUGGGAAGCAUGCUGACCAACCUGCUCUUUGUYUUUGGAAUUAGCUGCCUCAUUGGUGGAUUGCGAUGGCAGGUGCAAGAGCUCCGAAUCACCUCUGGAAACGUUAACGUCGGUAUGCUGCUCUUGUCGACGGCGGGAUCCCUCCUGCCGGCGACACUCGUUCUCGGGGGACAAUUGAAGCACGGCUCCUCCAACGACGAUGCGACCGACGAUGAUACAACGGAACAGCAGUCCUCCUUUGCAGACCCGAAUGCGGUGCAGCCAUCACUAGAAGAGCUACAGUUUUGUAGGAUCAACGCGUCAGUACUAAUCUUUAUGUAUGGCCUGUACCUCGUCUUUCAGCUGGGGACACACAAGGAAGAAUUCGACGACGAUGAGGGGGGCCACGAGCACGUCAACGGUACAGACCACCGUGAAUAUCACACGGCUGUGCAUGGAAAGCCAUCGAAACACCACGCCCGGAGGAACGUCUUUUGCGUAUGGCUGUUGCAGAAAACAAAGUGUAUGCUGAGCCGGAACGGCAACGACAACCGUGUCCGAAUGAGUCCAAGCCRYCCCUCCGAAGAGGGUUGGAUUCCCUCGUCGAGGGUCAUCGCCACCGACCCUCGAAGCAGCRCCGCUGCCGGUGACGUGGAAAUGAUGUACCGGAACCACGCAACCAACAACAAUAAGCACCUCAACCACCAACUACUAGGGAUGAUCCCGAACGAGCGAGAAGAACGAAUACAAAAGAACCUCGACGACGGAGGCACCACGUCCUCCUCCGACGAUGAAUGCCUGCUGCCGCAGAACCACCACAAAAUCACCGACGACGAYGAUUCGUAUUUUGACGAAUACCGAUUCGACGGGGGGCUUGCGAAAACGGAAACAAGUGGUGGCGGUGCCACCCGGUUGCGCCGCAACAGCCACGGUGCUAUUGCGGGUCAUCCCCAUUCUGCAAGCACACCGAAUCACCACCCAUACAUGGACCACGACACUGUGCCCAACGGUAUMAAUAGCAGCAACCACUCCAAGAAGAAAAAGAAUGGUCGCUCCACKGGUGCACUCUUGCCCCUGGGACUUGCGGAGCCCUCCGAGACAAUGCUCCCAACAGGUGAGAACGAAACAAAACGAAACGAUUCGCGGCAGGUAUUGUCAGUUGCAAAAAUUGCUCUGCACUGCAGUGCCAAAAGCCAGCGACCGCCAACUCWACGCCCUAUCCUCCUCCCACRGAGAAAGAAUCAUCCGCUCACKAUUUUUUUCUUCCGAUUGUCGUUCCUCAAUGUUUUGUUGUAGCUCCCUCGCAGCCACCGCUCUUCGACGGAGACCACUCGACCACCAGYACGCAGCGCUCGGARGCGCAGAUGUCCUUCCGCGUCGGCAUCCUCUGGUUGUUGAUCAUCACUCUUGGAAUCUCGGCCAUGAGCGACAUACUGGUGGACACCAUCGACGGCUUUGCCCUCCGGCUGCACGUGAGCGAGGUCUUUACGUCGAUGGUCAUCGUGCCGUUCUUUUCGAACGUCGCCGAGCAGGUUUCCGCCAUUCUCUUUGCGUACCGGAACGAGAUGGACCUCUGCGUGGGCGUGACGGUUGGCAGCGCCAUCCAGGUGGCGUCGUUUGUCCUCCCGGGGUGCGUCCUGAUCGGAUGGAUGGUGGACCGGUCCAUGACGCUGUACUUUCAUGCCUACGAAACGGUGUGCCUGUUUCUGGCUGUGGUGGUAGUCGCCGCCGUCCUGCAGGGGGGAACCACCAACUGGCUGGUGGGGGCGACCUGCAUUUCGGUCUACGUGAUGAUGGCGGCGGGAUUCUGGUUUCAUUCCCUGGAAGACCUGUCGGUCGACGCGGAGACCAUCGGGCAGGACCCGAACGGGACGAGRCGGGCGACGGUGUUUGGGCUUCUUCCGUAGAAAGUGCGGCACGACCGCACUGCGYGUUGUYGUGAGUGCUGCGAUUGGUUCGUGUUGUACCAAAACGCCCCGCCGCSGCCCCAUCCAUGCAAAGCGGACAGCAAGGCAAUCGGRACGCUGUCGGCGACACCACCUACCGGACUCUGACUUCGGGACAGAGGACGUAUACUGGUCUAUCAUCAUCAUUAUCACCUUAAUUCAUCAUUAUCAUACUGYAUUAUUCGUACAAUACGGUUUGCUACUCGUAAUACGAYUAUUUCUUCAGUAAGAACUACAAUCGYAAUAAUUACAGUACGGUACGAUACUUCGACUUCCCACCGUCUCGCACAGAUCCAUAGUUAUUUUUUCUCAUAGGUUCGUAUGUGCCAUUACUAUCAUAUGUAUAAUACAUAUGAGUACCCAUACUCGUAUACUCCGAAUCGCAUCGUAGGGAAGAGGGCAGGGCUUUGCGGCACUUACUUGCCAGUCGCAGGCAAUGCUUGCUCCCCCACAUAACGGAGUAGAAGUACGACGAGUACUAGUAGGAUCGAACGUGCRAAUUCGUUCGGCAACCGCACAUUCGCCUAAUUUAAGAAGUGGAAUAAUUCAUGCCAAUAAUGGUACUCAGUCAGUUGUUGAACUUCCGAAGGUUCUGUCCAUCCUUCGUCCGGUAUCAAAUAUGACCAUAUGACCAGAUUUACAUCAUACCGGUAGCAUACAUUACGUACUUGAAAAACACCAAUUUAUGUUCGCAACGUAUAACUCUUAGCGGACGGCGGACGGCGGACGGAAUUUUCAUCCCGGAUUAUCUCAGAUGCCGACGAAACAUUGGAUCUUGUAAACCCACUUUCGUUACGACUAAACCAAACCAGGAGAGGCAGUUUCGGCACCGAGUGAAUUUUGAGCAGUACGAUACUACCGUGUCCCACACGGUAGGGCACGGCAUCAGCUCCCGCGUACAUCCCGUCGCAUCGGAUGCCAUGCCUGCCCCCCGUACGGUACGUGCGGUACGGGCAAUCUGAUGAGCAAUCCUGUACCGUUUCGUAGCUCGCAAUUUUCUUGGCUUCGCGACAACAAUAGAUUGUGUYGUUGUUCUUCCUCGAGCAUCCCAAACAACACACCAGACCAAUCCAAACCGAACCGAACCGUUCAASGAACCGCGAAUCGAGAUGAAGCUGCUCCGACSCAGCAGCAAGAAGACGGACACGGAUGCCGCCGGGGUGGAUCCGGAASGAAACGGCGACGACGAUGCCGCCGAGGGUAGGAACGCCACCAUCCAAAAAAUGAAGAAGGGUUUGCUGCUGGGCAAGGACAGCCGCCUGUCCCGAAAGGAAAAGAAGGAAAAGAAGAAGAAAGAAAAGGCCGCCAAGAAGGCCGCCAAGAAAAAAGCGGCAGCGACCGGAGGUGCCACCCCUGGCAAGGCCCGGGCAGAAUCCAAGUCCCGAGCGGAAGGCAGCGCGGAAGCCUCCACCCCGGCGACGGUGGGGAACGACGACGACGACUACGACUCGCAAUCCUCGCCGCCCGGCUCUCCCGCGUACAAGGUCAACGUCCACGAACGCUACAGCGUCCGGGUYCACGAGCAGAGCGCAACCUCCACCACCGAGCAACUCGUGGUGUCGGAGCAGCUCACGGUCUCCGUCGUUCCCGUCCGAAAGGAUGCGUCUCGUUUGGCCGAAGAAGGGGGCGGCGACGAUUCCCUCGUUGGAAAGAACCUUCUCACGCAGCUGGACCUGGCGACGACCGGGGACGGCGGCGAGGAGGGAACCGAACUGAUCCUACCGGGCAGCGGUGGCAGCAUGGAAUGCGAAAGCGAACUCGAAAUUUCGAUCGAUUCUUUUCCAACGCCGGCGCAGCCCGCAGAAGAGUUCCGACAGCCCGAAGCGGCUCCCGCCGUUGCCGAACCCGAACYCGAGACUCCUUCCCCUAGCAGCAACGACGACCAACAAACCGCGGAAGAUGAGGCCGUUGAUGAAGGUCCCGAGCAGGACGAGAAGGAACCGCAAGAGGAGCCGAGCAACGAUGGCUUAGAACAGGUGCAGGACGAAACGCAGGAGCAGGACGAAACGCAGGAGCAGGACGAAACGCAGGAGCAGGACGAAACGCAGGAGCAAGACGAAACACAGGAGCAGGACGAAACGCAGGAGCAAGACGAAACACAGGAGCAGGACGAAACACAGGAGCAAGACCAAUCCUUCCCCACCGAGGGAAUUCCGGAGGAACCCGAAAUCACAAUCGAGCCAGAACCCGAGCCCGAGGCCAAACCCGAACCCGAACCCGAACCCAAAUCUGGGCCCGAAUCCGAACCCGAAGGAAAGGACCACAACGAGAAAAGCGACAGCAUGGUCGAUCGGCUCCUUUCCAAGGCCAACACGACCGCUACCGACCUACGACAGCAGCUGGCCAAGCUCCCGGAAUCCAUGGGCGUGGCAGCCCUKACCGAGAACACGCUGUGCCACUCGGUGCUCCUCCAGCACUCGUCGUGCUACGGUGGGAGCGAGCACCACUAUAAGAGCUACACCGGUGGAAACAACACGGCGAAUGCGGUGGCGAUGGACGACCAGGCGGCCUCKGAGUUUUUGCACGUGAGURKUUURGAGUUUGGUUCGCCGAGGGUUUGAUCGAUCGAUUGUUCUCCCCGCGCUUUGUUCGUAUUCGUAUCUGUGUUUGUGCUCACCAAUGCGAACRUAUCUCACGCGGCGUGCAUUUCCCACGCAUGGUUWCUGGUUUGCUCUCCUCCUUCGCGCUUGCUCCCAAUCAACAUACAYCGAAUCGAACCACCGAAAAAAACAGAACCUGGGAAACAUCGGAUACACACUMAUAUACCACAAACCAACCGGCGACGAAWCCAUCGACGAAGACGACGAGAACGACGACGACGACUGCUGGGUGGGCCGGACCGUCACCCUAGUCUUUCGGCCRGGSGUUUGCACCCACCGCGAUGACGGCCGCGACGCCUCCGUUCUCCCRCCGGCUCUGGAAUGGAAGACCGUCGAGGGAGGAAAGUCCAGGUCCAUCGAGACUCACACCCUCGACCUGUGGAGCAUCGAUGCUGUUGCCACCACGCAUUCCGCUUCCAACCACGGCAACAAGAACAAAAACAAGAACAACACUAGCAACAGCAGCACCGCCAGCGUGAACAACAGCAGCAUAGGCCAACAGUGGACCGAGUUUGCAAACAACAACGAAACCAUUGCCUGGUACAAAAACACGCUGUCCGCGGCGCUCGGGGACAGCGGCUUYCAGGCCAGCGCAGAAACCAACAGCAGCAUCUACGGCGGGGACGACGACCACGAAUUCGACAACUGCUUCUUUUCCAUAACAACCAGGGACGGAACCGUCCACCUCUUCGAGGCGCUUACCCCCGCCGAUACCCUCGUUAUUGUGGAGGGGAUUCGGCGCAACGCGGCUMGUUUGUCCYGUCUCUUGAUCGAGGGCAAGGACACCGACAAACUGCUUGCGGACUUUUUAGGUGGUUCCGCGUCGACKGCGGUGAUGACGCCGGCCGAGGCCUUGGACCUUCUCUCGCACGCCUUUCUGGACCACGGUGGCGGUGGUUUGGAAUAGAACCGAAAAGGUGUGGAGCGGUGAAUGUCGUAGCAWAGAAGGGAACGGAAUGGAUUGUAGCGACGAUUGCAUAUUGUUUGCGGUGUUGGCGCCUAUUCCAUCCAAUCCAAUCUAGUCGCGGCGUUUUCGGACKCGAACACUAGAUGAUACACCGUACAYUGCACAGCACUCUGCUAUAAUGGACGUCAUACACACUAUGCUGUGCCAACGGUGUGCWGCGCCUGUSGACUGCUCCUAGCUCUCUUUAUCUUAUAUACCACUGCAAUUGCUUGUGCUGUAACAAUCGCAUGCGAUUGAAAUGAAUCGGAACGAACUGUUGGUUCCAUAAUUAUGUUUUGUACCCUCCGUGCCACGAAAAUGACAUAAAAUAUCUCUGUAUUU